GACAAUGCAGAUUACUCCUCAUUUAUUGAGAGAGCUCGCUAUCAGGAAGAGUGUAAAUGGAGUGUUAAGUUUAAUGUCUUAUGUGAUACAAAUUUACCUGUUUAUUGGAUUUAUGGAAUUAACUGACUGACAAUUGACUUGGUAUUUAGUUUGCCUUAAGAAAGUUUUCCUCUUACGGGACCACAAUGGAUCAUUACAAUGAAUCAUCCGUGAAUUUGUUGUCUGUGAAAAAGAUUAACGGAAACCAUCCACCUUUAAACAAUAACCUAGAUAAGGACAUCGAAAAGUCCUCAGAAAAUAACAAUGUGUUGUCUGACAACAAACUGUACGAACUGGAAUCGUUUACCCCCGAAGACCUGAGUGACAAUUCUGACUCAUCAACUCUACAUAGUAAAUGUGGGUUUUAUUUGUGUGCGGGAGUUUUGAUAACGUUUAUGAUAGUGCUGAUAGUGGGAAUUAUUUUGUUUGUGAAAUUAUCAGCCAUAGAUAGCCAGAAACUCAUGAACAGAACAACAACAGAGGUGCCCCCAUACACGUCAUCAGCAUCGACUGUUCCAUCCUCCACCACAGAGCUUUUAAGUUCCAGUUCCACUUCAUCAUCACCAACAUGGUCCUCUACAUCAGUAUCAACAGUUGCUUCAUCCAGUACAUCACUAUCUUCUACCUCACCACCCAGUACAUCUUCAGUGUCAUCCAUCUCUUCUUCUAGUGUUAUGAAUAACACUACAGAGUCUUCCACGACCAUUUCUACAAGUCCCAUUUCAGUGUGUGACUCAGGAGAGUUCCGCUGUGCUGAUGGGUCAUGUAUCCGAGCCCAGUACGUCUGUGACGGGAGACCACACUGUCCCGGCGCCGAUGAUGAGUACCAAAGCUGCAAGUGUUCUGCAGACCAGUUCCAAUGUGCCAAUGGCCAGUGCAUCAGUUCCAACUUUCGCUGUGAUAAGGUGGCUCAAUGUGACGAUCUCUCUGAUGAAAUCAACUGCACAAAUUGUUCAGGUUUCCAAUGCAACUCCGGUCUCUGUCUGUGGACCACGUCUGUUCAAUGCAACAACCACAUUGACUGCCUCGACCUUUCAGAUGAGCUCAAUUGCAUGUUGAGACCAGGAUAUCGGCGAUGUGCCAACAAUCUUCCGGUGCCACGGGACAGUUUCUGUAACCAUAGAGAUGAUUGCUUUGAUAACAGCGAUGAGACAGACCAAGAGUGCAAAUACGAAGAGUGUGGCAUCCAUGAGAUUAUGUGUGAUGAUGAGCUCUCUUGUUACCUGCGUGAUUGGAAAUGUGAUGGAUACACCGACUGUCAUGACCAGUCAGAUGAGAAAUACUGUGGUAUCUGCAAGGAUGGUGAAUUCACGUGCUUGGACCAUAAAUGCAUUCCAGCCAAUCAAGUUUGUGACAGUGUUGAACAGUGUUCCACGGGUACAGAUGAGAUGCAGUGUUUACAUUUGUCGUCUGGCUUGUAUGGCACACUUACUGUGACCUCUGGUGACCUCCAACUUCCUGUUUGCAGUGACACCUGGACUGAAACCAUGGCAACAGAAGUUUGUUCUCUACUGGGCCUUGGCCCCAGCACUGGUAGCAGCUCCAUCUCACCAGUCACAGCAGGGAUGUCUACUAACCAGGGCUUCAUGGUGGUCAGUCCAGACCCCAGAACUCUCAACCACAAUCAGACAGUGCUCAGCAGGCUAGACAAGGCUGUUGCAUGUCCUUCCAACAAAGUUGUCCAGAUGGGAUGUCAACAGAAAGGUUGUGGUGCAAGACAGAUUGAUGUUCUGACGCCCUUUAUUGUUGGCGGAACUCUGGCUCCCCAAGGGAAGUGGCCCUGGGUUGUCUCCCUUAUCAUGAAGGGAACCAAUAUAUGUGGAGGAGUCCUCAUAGGGGACAGAUGGGCCCUCACUGCUGCACAUUGUAUUGUUCAACAGGAUGCUAACUACACCCUGAUGCCGCAUGUGUUCGAGGUCCUGGCAGGCACCACAUCCAGGGAGCGCCUGUCUAAGCAGCCUUUCCAGCGGGUCCGCUUGGAGAAGAUCUACCUCAACCCCAGCAUGCAACGACUGGAGAACGGUCAGAUUGACUGGGAUAUGGCCCUCCUCAAAUUGUCUACAGCUGUGAAGUUUGGGGACUUUGUUCAGCCCAUUUGUCUCCCAGAAAUCAAUGCUCCUGUGCCCACCAAUCUCCAGUGCUAUCUUGCUGGAUGGGGCUAUAUUAAUACAAAAUCUGUCAUGGUAACUGACCUGCGUGAGGCCAAGAUGCGGCUGUACAACGAUGACUUCUGCUCCAAGAACAUCAACCAACAAAGUCUUGAGACGCACGUGAACAUCAACUCCACGCUGUGCUCGGGCUACACUCAUGGUCAGAUCUCAGGUUGCCAGGGUGACAGUGGGAGUCCAUUGAUGUGUGAGGAUUCACUCGGCCACUGGACAGUGCAAGGUCUCAUGAGCUAUGGAGUGGACGGCUGUGACGGCCAGUUUAAGAGUAUUGUAAACAGAUUUGCCAAAGUAUCAACAUCUGUGAACUGGAUACAGAGUAUCAUAAGCAUGAAUCUCGUUGUAACAUAGUUCCACUACCUGUGAUACAGUUAUACAGUGUCAGCACACUAUAAAAUCUCCAUGUAACAUAGUUCAACUUAUGUAAUACACUGUUUCACUGCAUUAAAUGUGUGGUCAAACUUAGUUCUGCCACAUUUGUGACUGUAAGUUUUUGCCAUCAAAUUAAUUCACUACCCAUGUGAAUUGAUGAAUACAGAAUGUUCCACAAAGAUCUCUAUGCAGUGAAAUCCUGUGUAACACAGCUUGGCUACCUGUGUUCAUUUGACUUUUUUUAGUGUAAAAAAUGGGAAAUUAUAUGUAAUAUUUUCCAGUGCAGGUGUCAAUGUCAGAACUUUGAGACACAAGUCAUAUGUGGAAAUGUAAUUAGUUAAGCAACCUGAUUGGGUACCAUUUACUUUAUACAAACAGUAGGGACCAAUAUUGUGUUCUAAGUAUGAUGUAUGUAGGGACCAGCUAUUGUAUGACAUUUGACCAAAGCAUAUCAUGAUAAACCUGUAUAUAAGUGAACCAUUAUUUAUUGACAAAUCAAAGUAUUCCUAUUGUAUCAUCAAUAAAUAUGUUGAAUAUUCAUUCAUCAAUCAUGUUAAAUAUUCAUAUUCAUUUACACAAGUCACAAGCAAUAAUUGCUUAUUGCCAUUCAUUAUACAUUCAUUUUCAUUUCAGUUGUGUUGUCUGUUUGUUACAUGAACAUUUCUUUUCAUGAAUAUUUGUUUAGUCAAGGGCAUAAUCACAUGUUAUGGCUUUAAAAUACGCUUCCUCUUUAUGAGUAUUAAUUGUUAAAAAAUAAAUUAUAAUGAGUUAUUCUAGUACCUUAAAACAUGUUAUUUUAUUAUUUUAAUAAAUAAGUGUGUUCCCCUACAUGUAUAGGUAUGAAGUUAUUAUUGCUAAAUUUGUCUUCCCAUCAAAUAUAUUUUAUUGACAAAGUAUGUGCCAAACCAUUUAAUGGGUAUUUGUUUACAAUUUCUUCAUCAGCUUGCACAGAGAGACAUUUUGUUGUGGUAUUAAAACUAUUAAAGUAUAUAUUCGCAAGUUAACCUGUUUUAGAUAAAUUUGUUAUAGUCCUUAGUAGAAUUUGGAUCAUUUUUUACAUGAUUACAAUCUGAUGCCUCUGACAAUAUAUGACAUUCUUUUAGUAUGGACUGAACAAUCAAUACAUGUUUUUUUAUAUCAUGUUGAUUUUAAUGAUAGACAAUACGAUCAAGUUGUCAGAGAAAUGUGACCUUUAUAUGAUAAUUUCAUAUAUAAUAUUUAUUGAUUUAUCUACUUCAACUAACUUGAAAUACAUUUUGAUAUUGGUUGUGAAAUUGGAUUUAUCAAUCAAUGAACGUACUGUUCAUUUUCACAUGUUGUGAGCACCAGUGUGGUUAGUUGCUCUACCUAGGAGGCAAACAUUGGUCAGAACAUGGUUUGCAGUUUUUAUGCCACCGGCAGGGUGGCAUAUAGCAGUUGAACUGUCCUUCAGUCUGUCCGUCCAUCCGUCCGAAAACUUUAACAUUGGCCAUGACUUUUGCAAUAUUGAAGAUAGCAACUUGAUAUUUGGCAUGCAUGUGUAUCUCAUGAAGCUGCACAUUUUGAGAUGUGAAAGAUCGAGGUCAUUCUUCAAGGUCAAAAGUCAAAAAAAUACAAUCCAAGGGAAGUAAUAAGCUUUAAAAGGGAGAUAAUUUCUAAACCUGCUAAAUGAUAUAUUGAAAUUUUAUUUCAAAGCGGCGCAAUAGGGGGCAUUGUGUUUCUGACAAACACAUCUAUUGUUGUAGUCUUUUAUGUAAAUACACGUUAAUUGUGUGUCAGGGAAUGAAUUAACCCACAUUCCAGUUCUGGGAUUUAGCCUUUGUUCCUGUUUUAGGCUUAAGUUUUACAUAUCUUAUAUUACUGGUAAAUUUUCAGAGUGAAGUUAUACAACUGUCUGUUGUUAUUUUGUUUUUAACCAAGUUAUUUGUAUUAUGGUAUUUGUAUGGUUUGCCUUGUUAAUGAGUUGCAACAUUCACAACAACUGAUACAAUUGCUGCACAUAGGGCUUGAUAACUUAAAUGACUGUCUCUUAAUUUUAUAGUUAGCAUUCAUGAUGUUGUUUUGUGCUUUUUAAAACCUUGUUGUUUUUAUGCCCCCGGAAGGGUGGCAUAUAGCAGUGACCGUCUGUCCGUCAGUCAGUCUGUCUGUCUGUCCAUUUUAACAAAUGAACAUUGGUAUCAGGGAACAGUGCAAUCUUUGCCAUUUCCUUAAACUUUGUUUUUGUUAACCAGGUUUUCUGAAGGUCAAGGUGGCCAUGACUAAAAAUAUAUUGAUUUUUAAAAAAGAGGGGUAACUUUGAACUAUCAGUAACAAUGCACAUUUUGAGUUGGUCUCCCUUUAUCAGACUUUUUGUUUCAAAUUGAAAUCAAGGUCGCCACAAGUAAAAAUAGAUUGAAUCUUACACAAGGGGGAUAACAAUGCACAUUUUGAAUUGUCUCCCUUUAUGAGACUUUUUUUACAAAUUGAAAACCUGGUUUUGUGACAAUUUCGGCCCUUGUUUUGUUUUUUUCAAAGGAACAAUGUUUUUCCUACAACUGUUGCAAAAUAUGAGGCUUUAUUCACUUUUAUAUUAUUACAAAAUCUUCUUAAAGAAAUAUUAUUUGUGUUAUAAUUGUGACUGGUUAACUGAAAUGCAAAUCUGAGAUGUAUAGACUUGGUAAAAGGCUAAUCAUUUUGGUUAAAACAGAUUGUGGUCUGGUAUAUUAUGAGAUGGUCAUGUGAAAUUCAAGACUUAUAGGACCUUGUAUUCUGUGCAUUAUUUUAUCUUUUGCAUGGGCAGUUGACAAUAUCAAGGUCAUGUUUGAAUCUGGGUCAAUUUGGGCAAAGACCUAUAGAUUACACAGAUUGGGAACUCUUGUCUUCGCGAUAGCGAUAUGCGAUAAAAUCUAACGGCGGACGCGAGUCAUGUGACAUUGAUUAUGGAGAUGCCGGUGUACCUGUAAAUUCUUCCCUGUUCUAGCUACUGUCGGCCAUUUUGUGAUAAAGCAAUCAAUUAUUCUUCGUAAUUAAUUGUUAAUAUUUGACAUAUUGAAUAUUUUUUGUGUAAAUAAAAAUAAGUUUUUA